CUAUGCGCGCCCUUCAAUGGCUAGCGGUAGAUCAUUGGUAGAUACUUCCUUAUAUGAGCUUCUACAAUCCAAAUUUCCUUCUUCUACUAUAUAUCUCUUCCAUAGGCUCAAGACUAGGUGCAACUGCAUGUAGCACUCCAAUGGAUAACUUGGAAUUAAGAGAAUUGGGGCAAGAUGAGGGCAGCACUGUAUUUCGGGCUACAUCUUCUUCAAACGGCCAUGAAGGUCAACAGGAGUUUUCAUUACCGCCAGUAGAUGGUGGGAAAGACGCCUGGAUGUUUCUAGCUGCAGCAUUCGUAGUGGAGACUCUAGUAUGGGGCUUUCCCUUUGCUUUUGGCGUGUUCCAGGAGUACUACAGUACCCAUCCUCCUUUCGAGGGCUCGAGAAAUAUAGCGGUCAUUGGAACCUGUGCUAUGGGGAUCAUGUAUGUCAGCGCGCCGCUUGUAUUUGCUGGGCUCCAAAGAUUCCCCAAGACUCAAAGACCAGCAAUUGGAUUCGGUUUGGUAACGAUGUGCCUCGCUCUGGGACUGAGUGCGCUCUCCACGACCACGAUGCACCUCAUCAUCACACAAGGUAUAUUCUAUGCCAUAGGAGGCUCCUUGGUGUACUCCCCUACCAUUCUCUUCAUGAACGAAUGGUUCGUGAAUAGAAAAGGCCUGGCUUUCGGAGUCAUGUGGGCCGGCACAGGUCUAGGCGGCGUCACAAUCCCACUCUUACUCCAAUACCUUCUCGCCAAAUACGGCCACAAAACAACCCUUAUCGUCUGGGCCGUCGUCCUUUUCGUCGCUACCGUGCCCCUCAGCUACUCUCUACGACCCCGCCUCCCCGUCUCCCAAAGCUCCCGCCUCCGCCCCGCCUCCUUCUCUUUCCUCUUGACCCGCAACUUUCUCUUCCUGCAAACCGGAAACAUCCUCCAAGGCCUGGGCUACUUCAUUCCGUCGAUUUAUCUGCCCACACACGCUAGCAUGCUCGGGGCAUCCCACUCCGUCUCCGCGCUCACCAUCGUCAUGUUCAACCUCGCUAUGGUGUUCAGAUGUCUGGCGAUGGGCGCGUGGAUCGAUCGGUACCACGUCACGACGUGCGUCCUCAUCUCCACGAUCGGCUCCACGAUUGCUGUGUUCGUGCUAUGGGGUCUUUCCUCAAGUCUUCCAGUGCUUUUCGUCUUCGCCGUGUUCUAUGGCUUCUUCGCGAGUAGUUUCUCGAGUACAUACCCAGGCGUCAUGCGGGCUGUUAAUUCGGAGACCCAGCGAGACCCCAAUUUCAUCAUUGCGUUCCUCUCGGCAGGGAGGGGCAUUGGGAAUAUCGCAUGUGGACCUGUGAGUGAGGCGCUGGUACGGAGUCAGGCGUGGACAGGAGAGGCUGGCGGUGCGUAUGGGAGUGGUUACGGGAGCUUGAUUGUGUUCACCGGGGUGACGGCUGCGCUUGGGGGCGUCGGGGUGAUUGGAAGAUUAAUCAAGUAGGUGAAAAGGAGAGUACACGGCACGUCGUAGCGGGACUAGCAAUUUCAAACAAAUGGAAACAAAAUCUAUUAUACUGGCAACAAGAAGUUCAAAACCUCCAAUA